GUCGCACUGCACGGAGUGAAAGAAAGGGAGCGAACAGGAGGGGAAAAAGUGCGGGCGAGACAAACAAAAUUUAUCAGUGUGACGAAAACUUUUAAUCACUCCUUCAUUGUUUCACCACACAUAGUCAAAUAUUCUCUGUCUGCUGCUGACUGUGUAUAUCACACCCAACUAUUACAAAUUGUGGCAUUCCAAAGAAGGAACUACUCGUGAAACUUCUUCAAUAACUCGAUUUCACUCCGCCACUCGGUGGAAUAUUUCUGGAUUAAAGGUCGGGACUCGAGUGCGAGGUAUUAGUGUCUCAAAGUUGAUCAAAGUUCACGUCUUGGAACGAUUGCGGUGAAAACAUGUGCAUUCUCUUCUUCGUUGCAACUGCCAAUCCAUCUCGCAAUGGCUACAAACUCAUUCUGGCCGCGAAUCGAGAUGAAGCCUACGCGCGACCAGCACUUCCAGCCUCAGCAUGGACUGACACUCAUCCUCACGUCUUCGGAGGACGCGACAUGGAACCAGGCCGAGAAGGAGGAACUUGGCUGGCUCUUGGCUCCAAAAACGGCGUGACGAAGAUAGGCGCUCUGCUAAACAUCACAGGCGAGAAGAGAAAUCCCAAUGCUUUGGGAAGAGGACCAAUCGUGAGUAAUUACGUCUCAGGAAACCUUUCAAAUCGCAAAUACUCUGAACAAUUGGUGGAACAGCAUGAGAUUUACAACUCUUUCAAUCUGGUUUCUAUUGAAUUUGACGACUCAAGUGCCUCAAUUCUUCACACCAGCAACGCACCACCGGGAAUUGAGGAAUUCCCCGGCGGUGAGAUUCUCGGCUUUGGCAACAGUCCGCACACAAUUCCCCUGCGGAAGGUGCUUCACGGCAAAGAGAAGUUCCGACAGGUGGUCAAGUCGGCCGGAAGGGAGAAUCUAGUGCGCGAAUUGAUGGAAUUCCUCAAGGACGACGAGAAGCACUGGCCAGACGCAGAGCUGAGCCGCAGAGCGCCCAACUGGGCGGAGAAACUGAGUUCGGUGUGUGUGAAAAUGCCCGCCGAGGGCUACGGAAGUCGCACGCGGACUGUGAUCUUGAUAGACGCACAGAACCGGAUGGAUUUCCACGAGGAGACCAUGGUGGGAACAGAUCCCGAUGGCGAGUGGAAGCACACGCACAUUCAACAACAGCUAUGAUGUCAACGUGUU